AUGGAGGUCCGAGGAGGAGAUGUUGCUGAAUUGAAUGCUAAUAGCCGGUCAGUGGAGGCAUUGUUUGUGUUGGAGAUGGAGUUGGAAGUUAAAGAGGCACUUGCAAGAAAUAACGGAGGGUCAGAAGUAUUAGAAAAGGCAGUUGAGCCUUUUAAAGAGCUAUCAAAGAAAUGUGGAGAAAAAGGACAUAUGAACAAGUGUAAAAAAGGAAUGCAGAAUUUUAAGCAGGAGGGGCAUGUUUGGAUUUACUAUGACGAGAGCCAAGAAUCUAACACUGGUGAAGAGAAUGUUGAAGGCACUGAGUUUCAUGAACAAGAACAGGAAGUGAUAAAAAAUAUAAUAUCUAAUGAUGGAGAAAAUGUUAUUUGGUGUGAAAUAACUCAAGAGGAGGCAUGUAAUAUUACUGAUGAAGUUGAGAAUGUAGAAGAGGAAAUAGAUAUGGAUAGAUCUGAUUUUCCAGAGAAAAUUAUUGCACUCAGCUCAAGAGUAGUUUUGCUCAGUUCACUUCAGUUGAUAGUGGAAAGCAUAUACUUCCUGUCAAUCUGGCAUUCUGAAGAAAGCAGGGUAGAUGCAGAUGAUGUUGUCACUAAGGAAGAACAGAUUAUUUUAUUGGAGGAAGCAAGACUCAGCUGUGAAGUAAGCAUAAAAUCCACUCUGGAACAAAGAAAUGAUGGCAACUGCUUGCCGGAAUGGGAUGGAAUUAUCUGCUGGCCUGAAAGUUCCCCAGACGAGAUGGUAUCAGUCCUCUGCCCAGACUAUAUUUAUGACUUUAACCAUAAAGGACAUGCAUACCGAAAAUGCAACUUAUCUGGGAAGUGGGAGCUUGUACCCAGUAUCAACAAGACAUGGGCAAAUUAUACAGAGUGCACAAAGUUCCUGACACCAGAACAACGGAACAAGGAGAAGGAGGUUUUUGAUCGACUUCAUAUGAUGUACACUGUUGGGUAUUCCAUCUCUCUCACGUGUUUGAUUAUUGCGGUAUUUAUUCUCUGUUUCUUCAAGCGUCUUUAUUGCACCAGGAACUACAUCCACAUCCACUUGUUUGCCUCCUUUAUAUGCCGUGCAGUCAGUAUUUUUGUGAAAGAUGCAGUGCUGUACUCUGCUUCAGGUCCGGAUGAGCUAGAGAAAGUGAGAGCCAAUCACCUGCGAGAUGAUUCAGAAUCUCAUCCUGGACACAGGUCACAGCUGGUUGGCUGUAAAGUUGCAGUUACAUUAUUUCUGUAUUUCCUUGCAACAAACCACUACUGGAUUUUAGUGGAGGGUCUCUAUCUUCACAGCCUUAUCUUCAUGGCCUUUUUUUCAGACAAGAACUACUUCUGGGCACUCACCGUCAUUGGCUGGGGUGUUCCUGCAGUGUUUGUGUCGAUAUGGGCAACUGUGAGGGCAUUCCUAGCUGAUACACAGUGCUGGGACCUCAGCGCUGGUAAUCUAAAAUGGAUUUAUCAGGUUCCAAUCUUAGCUGCUAUCACGGUGAAUUUUGUUCUGUUUCUGAAUAUUGUAAGACUUCUGGCUUCAAAACUUUGGGAAACAAACGCAGGUAAACUGGAUCCCAGGCAGCAGUACAGAAAGCUUCUGAAGUCGACCCUCGUGCUUAUGCCGCUGUUUGGUGUUCACUAUGUGGUUUUCAUGGCCAUGCCCUACACAGACAUUUCCGGAACCCUCUGGCAGAUACAGAUGCACUAUGAAAUGCUUUUUAACUCCUCACAGGGUUUCUUUGUGACAUUUAUAUACUGUUUUUGCAAUGGUGAGGUUCAAGCAGAGCUUAAGAAGGCCUGGUUCCGCAGGAAUUUAGCUCUAGAUUUGAAGCAGAAGGCACGAGUCACCAGCACUGGGGGUAGCUGUUACUAUGGAGGAAUGGCUUCUCACACCACCACAAGUGUCAGUGCAAGCACUGCCAUCAGAGGAACCUUGAUAAGUGGUCUGAACCUUAGUGGAAAACAUAGACUCAUUGCGCUGCCUUCCUUCAGCAAUUUGCCAGGAUACAUUGCAAGCAACUCCAACUCAGACAACUCCUUGCCUACUCCAACCCAGGAAAGUCCAAAAAAAGAAAUAGAAACAAAUAUAAAUGGAACACUGGAACCCCCAGAGCAAGAAAGUCCAAAUGCUGGUACUCAGAAAGAGCUUGAAACUGUUCUGUAAAAUAAAGUGAAUGAUUUUUCAGUAAAAACAAAUACAAAAUGUCAACUAAUGCAACAGGACUUGAAAAGGAAAAAAAUCAUCUCAUUAACAAUGAAAGCAGAAUUCUUUUCAUCAAUGUUGGAAACAAUAUUCUAUAGCUUCUUGUUAAAGUUUGAAGUUUUCAAACCAUCAGUGCUAAAGUUUGAUCUUUAAGUCCUAAUAAUGAAGUCAAGACAAAGUCAUUUCUUUGGCAGAAAACACUUAUUUAUCUUCUAACAAUGCCACCAUAAAACUUUGUAGCUCUUUUUUUAAACAAGAAACAUCUUUAUUGAAUUAUUACUUAUGGCAUAGCCAGUCAUACAUUUUUUAUAAAUAAAACCAUAUCAUAUUGAAACAUUUUCAGCUGCAGGUAUUAUGUAUCACAUAUAAUCUUCUAUAUGGUCAUUGUCCAUCAAGUAUUACAUAGCUCAUUCAAUUACUGCUUUCCCUUAAACUUCAUUCCUGUUCCAAAACACUAUUCUG